CCCGAGGAAACUCUGCGAUUAUUGUGCAGCAACACUGGAGCCGAAAAUCUGCCGAGGUUGCUGUUGGGCGCUGCGCGACUGCUAUUAUCGUUUAGAUUAAGAGCCUGGAGAAAAGACUGAAUGCAUUCGGAAUAAUAGAAGCAGUGGGGUGAAUCCCCUGUGUUUGCUGAGCGUGAGCAUGGAGGAUUAUGACUACUUAUUCAAAAUUGUGCUGAUUGGAAAUGCUGGAGUGGGCAAAACCUGCCUCGUCCGACGCUUCACUCAGGGGCUGUUCCCUCCUGGACAAGGCGCCACCAUUGGAGUCGAUUUUAUGAUCAAAACUGUGGAAAUAAAAGGAGUGAAGGUGAAGCUCCAGAUCUGGGACACGGCCGGGCAGGAGAGGUUCCGCUCGAUUACCCAGAGUUACUACCGCAGUGCCAACGCCCUCAUCCUCACCUACGACAUCACCUGUGAAGAUUCCUUCCGGUGCCUUCCUGAGUGGCUGAGGGAGAUCGAGCAGUAUGCCAACAACCAAGUGGUGACAAUCUUAGUAGGGAAUAAGAUCGACUUGGCCGAUAAGCGAGAGGUCCACCGGCAGCGAGCGGAGGAGUUUGCGGAGGCGCAGAGCAUGCUGUAUCUGGAGACCUCAGCCAAAGAAUCGGACAACGUGGAGAAGCUCUUUCUGGAUCUGGCCUGCGAACUGAUCCGCGAGGCCAAGCAAAACACGUUGGACAACAACGACUCCACCCCCAUGCCUGGAGAAGGGAAAAACAUCAAUUACUUGAGUUGCUGCAGCAUGAACUAAGUAGACUCGGCCUCCCUGUCUGGCUGAGGACGCAACAUGGAUCGCAUACAAAGUGGUUGUAUUGUUGGUGACCACUAACGUAGUUGCAGUGGUUACACUUUGCCACUUCUUGUCUACUUCUUAUACCCUUCUCAAAUCCCUGAGUAUUUUAAAACAUACAUUCGGGAAAAACAUAACAAGAUGCUGCUGCUUUUAAAGGGGGGGUUGGGGGGGGGUUGGUCCGAAGCUCCUAGAUGCUUUUGGACUGUAAAAAGGGCCUUGUUACACAAUAAUGCUUGCUAGUAGGUCAGACAAUGAGAUUUUCUACACUUCUGUACAAUGCAACAGUUGGGAUUUCCCUGCUGACUGUAUUUGUGCCAAUGUAUUUGUCAUAUUAGAGAUUUGUUUUCUUCGCAAUCUCACCCACUUGAAGGACUAAAUCAUCCAGAAAUUGACAUUCUGUCAUCAUUUAAUCACCCUCAUGUCAUUCCAAAGCCAUAUUACUUACUUUCUUCUGUGGAACACAAAAGAAGAUGUUUCGAAGAAUGUUCACGCUGAUCUUUUCCCGGAUGAAAA